CGACGAGAACAUCAACAAUGCUCCAUCGCCGCCAUUGAGUGCUGCGUACGUCCUUUACCCUAUCACCUACGCUCCAGAAGUGACAAGCUCUCACCAUGCCUCACCACGGCGAUGUCGAGAAUGGCGAAAGCACUCCUCUGCUAUCUCGCGUUGCCAACAUACACAUUCACGCCGAUGGUGAAUCUGGGCGCAGCGGUUUCCACCCGGGUCACUUCCUGAGCGUGUCAUGGAAGAGCUCUAACAAAGUCUCAAUGGCCGUCAAUGUCCUAUGGCCCUUUGUACCUGUUGCCAUCAUUCUUCGUUACGUCCUCCCCAACCACCCUCUUCUCAUUUUUGCAUUUGCGUACAUAGCGAUGGUUCCGUCGGCCAACCUGCUCGGUUUUGCUGGUCAAGAAUUCGCACGAAAGAUGCCCAAAGUCUCUGGGAUAUUGAUGGAGACCACGUUCGGAUCUGUCAUCGAAAUUGUUCUGUUCCUCGUCCUGGUCGUGCGACACAAGCCAGGGCACGGAGAAGGAUCCUCGGAACAUGGCAAUCUGAUCCCAGUUCUUCAAGCAGCCAUCCUUGGUAGCAUACUGACAAAUCUGUUGCUUUGUCUGGGCAUGUGCUUCUUCGUCGGUGGUCUUCGACAGACAACACAAAGGUUCCACUCGGCAAUCAGUGAAGUUGGUAGCGGAAUUCUGCUAGUCGCCGGAUUUGGACUGCUGAUUCCGAGCGCCUUCUACUCUGCAUUGAAAGGCUCCGCCAAGAUCAGCAUCUCGGCACACAAGCACUUUACUGACAGGAUUCUGCAACAGGAUGUCUUGAGGGUCAGUCAGAUCACAUCGAUCUUGCUUAUUAUAGCCUUUGCCAUCUUCAUCAUUUUCAACAUGCGAUCACAACACAGUAUCUUUGAUGAGGUUUUGGAACAAGACGAGCAUGCCGAUCUCGACCGCAGUGAUGAUCUAGCCAAGCCAAAGCUCACGUUCGUGGAAUGUAUCGUUGCCAUCACAGCUUCGAUUGUUUUGGUAACCCUUUUUGCUGUCUUCUUGGUUGAGAAGAUUGAGGAUGUCGUUGAAUCUGGUGUGCCCGACCAAUUCCUAGGCUUGAUUCUGCUGCCGCUGGUAGAGAAAGCAGCGGAGCAUUUGACGGCGGUGGACGAAGCGUGGGAUGGUCAAAUUAACUUUGCCUUGUUCCAUUGCAUCGGCCCAUCGAUCCAGACAGCACUGUUCAACGCGCCUUUGGUCGUGAUAGUUGGCUGGAUCAUGGGCAAGGGAAUUGACCUGAACUUCGAGAUAUUCAUGGUUGCGUUGUUGGUCUUGUCGAUUCUUGUGGUUGGUAACUUCUUGCGCGAUGGCGAAUCCAACUAUCUCGAAGGAGCUCUCCUAGUGAUUGUGUACGUGAUCGUAGCGGUUGCUGCGUGGUACUACCCUGAUCCGGAUGUCGCAAGCUCGAAUGGAACAGAGGCUGUAGUAGCAUUUGUUAAACGAAGCUUUGGCUUCUAAAAGAUCAUCAACAAGCCCUUUGUUUCAAAAAGCGAAACAAUUGGCAAUCUGCUCAAAGCCUAUAACUAUAGUUAUAGGCAGCCGUUGUAGAUUCUUAAAUGAACCUGUGGAGGACCUAAUAGCUAUUGCGCAUCGUUUCGAUACUACCAUGCUCCUUCUCGGAGCAUCAACUCCCAUACGUAGUCUGAGUAAACAAACUCACAAUCGGAGGAAACAAUUUCUCCCCCCUUUCAGACUCCCCUCUACUCUGCUCGAGCGC